AUGUCGACUACCGUGAUUUCGCCUCUCCAGGCCCCCACCCUGCUCGGCCCUCUGUUGCCUGCUUUGCCGACCGCAGCUUUAUCUGCCCAGCCAGCUACGGCAGUAUUACCCCUUCUCUCUCCCAUUCUCCGCCAGCGAGUUCAAAUAUUUUCUUCGACCAGCACCGAACCGUGGCUCAAGCUUUUAUGUUAUGACACCGCAAAGGCUGCCAAGCUUCAAGAAGUUGUUCAGGGUGGCGGCCUUGAUCCCCAUCCCGUGUCUGGCGAGGUCGAGGUCGAUUGGGAGCUGGACUCCGAAUGCCGAUACAGACGGCUUGACCAGGAAACCCUACAAGCCUUUCUUGCAUUGCCCAGCCUCCAACUUGGCUUCCAACUUGUCUAUUGCGUUGGCGACAAGGACGGAGGCGGCGACGGCUGGAGAGUUGGUGAACUCACUGCCGUGGAUGGCUUCUCACCUUUUGCGUCUUUCGACGGCGAAGUCAGCAUAUCCGCUGCGGAGAAGAAGUACAAUGAUACCCAAGUGCAAAAGUCUUCGAGUCUCUCGCGCUCGCCGGCGCCUCAAUCGUUGCAAUCCUCGACCACCUAUGGAACUUCUACCGCAGCGGAGGACGCCUACUUUGCCCAGUAUGACGAUGUUCAGCCCGCCAUGGAUAACCACGAUCCCGACGAAGAGCGAAACAUCGAGGCUUUGGGCCCAUCCCUAGGCCUAGAACAUGUAUCGACCAGCUCCACGCAGGAAUCGCUCGAGACCGCCACCGAACUUAACGAAUCUACAGGUGCCUGGACACUCGCUGAGCCCGACAGGUCUUCUCCCACCUAUAACGACGUCCACCUAGCCCUUGCCCACCCCGAGACAGCCGAGAGGCAGGUACAAAGCGAGUUCGGCGUCAAACAGCAUGUAUCAAGAAGCAUCCGCAGCUUGUUCCUCCUCUCCCGCGCCUCGGGCAUCGAUCGCGAAGAGUUUGAGAGCAUGGUUCGCACAGAACUUGACCUCCUCGGCAUGAUGGAAGGCGAAGAUUAA